AUGACGGCAAACCUUGGGUAUAUGUACGGCUCACAGCCCACGACCGGCCGUGUCGAUAGCCUGACCGACUUCAACUGCUCUGGUACACUGGAAUUCGAUCACAUUAACAGGGGGCUUGACGACAUGGACCAAGUAAAGGCUUUCCGCUUUGACCCUGAGUCGUCAGCGACAUCACACGACGUUUCGGCUUCCUCAUACAUGGAAGACAUGCGAGAGGCAACGGUCCAGCCUACUAUGCUCUUUGAGACGACAAGCUCUAAACCCCAACAAAAUUCCUUCUUUUCUGCACAGUCCUUCCCAUCUCCCUUUGCCGACUUCCAAAAUUCACGCCAGCAAUACGGCCAGGUCACACCUCCAGAUGAGCUUUCUCCAAAGGAGAUUGCCGUGACCGCCUCAUCGCACGAAGUGGGAAGGGGCGAGAGCGAAGAACCCGGAGAUAUGGAGGCCACUAUCCUAAAACGGGACAACAAGAGACGUAGGUCGACCAAGACGAAGAACGCUUCGCCUCCCCCGAAGAAAAGGAGCCGCAAAAGCAAAGUUCCUGAGACAAUGGAUGGGUUAGAUCCCGAAGAGCACGCAAAGAGAGAACAGUUCUUGGAGAGGAACCGCAUAGCAGCGCACAAAUGCCGGCAGAAGAAGAAGGAGUGGAUGGUUGGCCUGGACGAGCAGUGCAGAGACCUGUCUGCUCACAACAAGUUGCUGCAGGCCCACGUAGCCGAGCUUAGCGAAGAGGUGUUCCGGCUCAAGAACAUGGUGUUCCAGCACACUGACUGCCGUUUCCCACCGAUCCAAGCGUACAUUCAAAGCACUGCAGAGCAAUUACGCAAUCGCGUGAGUGCGAACGCGCAUGCCAUGGGGGAACUACCAGCGGCACUACGCCCAAGCUUCUCCAGCGUCGGUUCCAGCGUAAAUUCCAGCGUGGGUUCCGGCGUGCAGUCUGGGUACAGUUCGUCUCAUCUCGAUGCAUCUGGUGAUCGGGAACUCAGGGAAUCGAGCGGAAAUGGCAGUCUUCGGUCGAGGUCAGCCAGUGCCGACAGCGAGCCUCUCAAAGAUGAUUGGACUAGUUUGCUUCAGCCGUGA